CAGGACUCAAUUGCUCAGGCAAAUGAAGCUGCCAACGAGACAGUGUCCGGUAUUCGCGUUGUACGUAGUUUUAAAGCAGAAAAACACGAGGCCGGUCGCUAUGACAACUGCCUGAUGGACACACACAAGCUCAAGACCAAACGGGACACAGUCCGAGCUGUUUACCUGCUCACACGGCGGUUGACAGGGUUGGGCAUGCAGGUCUUCAUGUUGUACUACGGCAGGCUGUUUAUCAAGAGAGGACAGAUGACCACUGGAAACCUGGUUUCCUUCAUCCUCUACCAGUCAGACCUUGGAGACAACAUCAGGACUCUUACCUACAUCUUCGGUGACAUGCUGAACUCAGUGGGGGCUGCAGGGAAAGUAUUUGAAUACCUGGACAGGAAACCACAGGUCAGCACAGAGGGAACACUGAAACCUGACCAGCUGAGAGGACACGUCAGCUUCCACUGUCUCAACUUCUCCUAUCCGGCUUCCCCCAACAAAAAAGUUCUGCAGGACUUCUCUUUGGAGCUGAAGGCAGGUCAGAUGACAGCACUGGCGGGUCAAUCUGGACAGGGAAAAAGCACCUGUGUGAGUCUGCUGGAGCGGUUCUAUGACCCACAGGAUGGAGAAAUCCUAUUGGACAAUGAACCUCUGAAAUCAUAUGAUCACCGCUUCCUCCAUAAGAAGAUUGCUGUGGUGAGCCAGGAGCCUGUGCUCUUCUCUGGCUCCAUCAGAGACAACAUCGCCUACGGGCUUGCAGACUGCUCAUUGGAGGAGAUCCAGGAAGCAGCUCGCAAAGCCAACGCCCAUGACUUCAUAAAACUGUUGGAGAAAGGCUACGACGCAGAGGUGGGUGAGGGUGGCGGCCAGUUAUCCAAGAGCCAGAAGCAGCAGAUUGCCAUCGCUCGAGCUUUGGUCAGGCAGCCACAGGUCCUCAUUCUGGAUGAAAUAACCAGCUCACUGGACGCGCAGAGUGAAAAUAAGGUUCAGCAGGCCUUGGCUAACUGUCCCAACCUGACCCUGCUGGUGAUCGCUCACAGGCUGAACACCAUUGAGAAGGCAGAUCAGAUCAUUUGGAUUGGUGAGGGCAGAGUUCAGGAGCGAGGGACUCACCAGGAGCUGAUGGACAAGAAGGGGAGCUACUACAAACAGAGAGAGAAGCUCUUCACUGAGGGAAACUCUGCACAAUGACACCUGAGGCUGUAGCUCCAUGUACACUGUGUUAGUCUGCAGCUAACCUGAUCAAAUAAUGUGAUAGAACAAGUUGCAGCUCAUGUAAAUAUUUUGAUAUUAAACUUAAACAAUGUGGACUUGUGUAUAUAUAUAAUUUUUCUUGUAUGUCUAGAAUUCAAAACACGCAGCCCUUUAAAUCUCCUCUUUAUGUAUAUAACUGCUUAUUUAUUUUGUUUGCUGUUAGAAUGUUUAUUACCUUACUUUAUUAAUUAAUAAUUAAUAAUUUUGGCUUGACAUAUCUAUCAACUGCCUCCUUUUUCAUUUCAUGUCCUGUAUUUGGUUUAGGGAUUAUUAAAGUUUGGCACAGUUCUGGACAUAUGACGUCCAUAAACCUUCAUUUGCAAUCAGAGUGGCCAAAGGUUGUUUUAUCAGUAUGUCCCAAAUAAAACAUGUAUGUGUCUUAA